AUGUUUCUCAAUAAUACAGAUUUGAAACACUACGAUAAGAAUAAUAUUUCCGUCGAAGGUUCUGUAUACAUCAGAAUGAGUCGUCAUCCGCUGGUUCAGGGAGCUAAAAACUCUUCCAGGUUAGUCUCAAAAUACCCCAAUACAUGUAGAAAAUUAGUGCUUAAUCCCCUAAUACGUGGCACGAGAAAGCAAAUCCUCGGCAAACGAUGGCAGAAUGCGUGCUUCCGAGCAGCAGCAGCGACGUCAACAAUCAUCACCGGGCAGACAAAUUGCUGGAGAAGCUGGGCUUCAUUCGGGGUGGGCGAGUGACGAGACGCAUGCAAAACGUCGUCGACGGUGUCGUUUCCGAGACUAGAACCCGACGAGGAGUGUCGAGUCCGAAUGAGCAAUUAGCUGAAGUGCUGGCUGACGUCGACUUCUCGACGCGACGUGCGCAACAGCGGAGAACUGUUCUGGCUAAACUCGGACUCCGAGGAUCCGGGAAUGACGAUGAAGAAGGAAGCUGUGCGAGCAAGAAACCAGGCGAAGACUUGAAGCCACCGAAGCCAUCCAAAGUUGGCCAGUCUGUGAGGGACAAACUUAGAGCAAAAUUCAAUUGUGCACCGGAUGAGGAAGACGAGGAAUGCUUCAAGCCCAUGCAAAGCACUCCCUAA